GGUUGCCAUGGGUAACGCUGAGGCGUCGCAAUGAAUGAGGGCCGGCCGGCCAGCCGCGGAGGGGUUAAGGGGCCCCCGGCUGUGAGGGGGAGGGGAGCAGGGGGCGGGAGGUUUAUAUCCCGGCCGGAGGAGCUGCACCUGCUGCUGCACGGGAUGGCGGAGGCUCCGGUCAAGCGGCCGAUGAACGCCUUCAUGGUGUGGUCCAGUGAGGAGCGGAAGCGGGUGUCCGCCCUGCACCCCAAGAUGCACAACUCGGAGAUCAGCCGCCGCCUGGGGGAGGUGUGGAGGGCGCUGGACGAGGACGAGCGGAGACCUUACCGGGAACGGGCAAAGAAACUACGGGAGCUGCACGCCCAGGAGCACCCGGGGUACAAGUACGCGCCCCGCAAGAGAAAACGGGAGAAGGGGGAGACCCGGGGCCCCGGAACACUGCCCGGACCCCCAGCACCGACACACCCGGGACAAGGGGCUCUCCAGCCCGCGAUACAUGACGAGAACAGCGGCCGGAGCGGAGGACUGCAGCCCGGAGAGGAGCGGGGACCCUACAGUUACUUCUCGUAUCCCGGAGCCCCUCAGGCAGAAGCUUCCUUCCAUCCGGUCAGUGACGUUUCGGCGCUCUAUGGAUUGGGACUUUAUGACUUUGGAGAGAGACGCGGGGUCCAGCCGCAGGUCCAUUACCAGACGGUGGAGGUGGAUGGCGGGGGGUCACUCAUCAGCCUCUGACACCGGACUGUGGGGAGCGUGCGUUGUGCUGCGUACAUCGGGGGGCACUGCUUGUGUGUCCUGGAUACUGGGGGGAGGGAUACACCACUGGGGGGCGCCACCUCUACUCCUCCCCGCGAGGGGCGCCAUGCGACGGCAGCUGUGACUGUAUAGGCAGCGUGUGGGCGGAGUCUCAUCACUGGCAGGUUUUACACUGUAGAUUAUUUUACACUUUUUUUUAUGGAGUUUUUUUGUAUUUUAUUUUUACAAUUUGUAGCAAAUUAAAGGAGCUUUCUUAGUAGGUGUUCUGUGAGGUGACUGGUUCACUUUAAGGGGGUGGAGCCUGACUGUUACUGGGCAUCUGAAAUAUAUAAAUCCAGGGGCGGAGCCUCACAUGCUACUCCUCGCUCAUGCAGACAUGCUAUCUGGCUGUUGUCACCACUAGGGGGAGCUCAGUGCAUACAGCUUUAUUGUGC